CUGGAAAUCAAGGCACAUUCUGCCCAAAAACAACUACCACACUUGUUUUUCGUUCUCGCGGUCGAGCUGCAGUACGAAAGCUGCGACUAGAAAAACAAAAACCUAGCAUACCACUCUAUUGAAGGACAUCGAGUGGAGAAAUAUCCCACCACCAUGCCUUCGCCCUCCCCUCCACGAGAGGACCGUUCGCGCUCAAAAUCCCCGCAACGAGAGGAUUCCUCACGUCGCUUGAGGUCUCCCGGCCGUGCGCCCAGAACUAAAAACUUCUCAGGACUCAAGUGGAAAGACAACUCGAGGCGUGGCGACGACCGCGACGACCGAGACAAUCGUCGAGACCAACGAGGCGGAUUCCGUGAUCGCGAUGACGACAGGAGGCGUGACGACCGCUAUGGCAGAGGGAACGAUUCGAGGAGAGACGAUGAUCGUUUUGGACGGGGACAGGAUUCAAGGAGAAGAGACUUCGAUGGCCCGAAUCGUGGUCAAGGGCGCCUUCGUGACCGGGACGAUGGUGAUGAGAGGAAGGACAGGCGGCGAGAGCAGUUCAGAGAGGCGCGGGACAAAGUAAGGGAGGAGAAGUCCAAGGAAUCGAAAGACAAACCCCCGGCUGCACCGCCAGCGGCUCCUGGGCAACAGAUGAUCAUUGUGACGGUCAACGAUCGUCUCGGUACCAAGGCACAGAUUCCUUGUCUACCUAGCGAUCCUGUCAAGGUCUUCAAAGCGAUGGUCGCUGCGAGGAUAGGUCGUCCUGUACAUGAGAUUAUGCUUAAACGGCAAGGCGAGAGGCCGUUCAAAGAUCAACUUACGCUGGAAGACUAUGGCGUUUCGAACGGUGUGCAGAUUGAUCUCGAGUUGGACACUGGUGACUAAGUUGAUUCGGAGGACAGCAGCCGUCAUGAUGGGGGGAUUAGGCAUACUUCAUUGGGCCGAUGAGCGUCGCUCAAAGAUGUGACUCCAGCGCAAGCUGUAUAAACCGCUGCACGUCAUAUAUAUAACCAUCGUCUACAUCUCGUACUCAAUAUAAUCCAUACAUUCCAGAUGCUAGAGCGGGGUAUCUCAUUGU